CAUAUAUACAUAGUUUUUAGAACUUUUGUUUUCAUAUCAUCAACUCUGUGAAACUGCAUGGCCAUGGGGUAUAAUUCUUGCACUGCGGCCUGCGUAGGGUUUGUUCUUUUGCUCGUUUUUAAUCAGAGUUAUUUGGGAAAUGCUGCUGAUCAAGGUCAAGGGUUAGGAGCUUCUUUUAUUUUUGGCGAUUCUCUGGUUGAUGCUGGAAACAAUAAUUAUUUACCAACGUUGUCCAAGGCGAAUAUGGUUCCAAACGGGAUCGAUUUUAAAGCAUCUGGAGGAAAACCUACCGGAAGGUUUACCAAUGGUAGAACCAUUGGUGAUAUAGUUGGAGAAGAAUUGGGGCAACCAAACUAUGCACUCCCAUAUUUGUCACCAAAUGCCACAGGAAAAGCCCUAUUGGUUGGGGUGAAUUAUGCAUCAGGAGGGGCAGGGAUUUUGAAUGCAACAGGAAGAAUAUUUAUUAAUAGGGUGGGAAUGGAUAUCCAAGUCGAUUUUUUCAACCAGACAAGGAGGCAGAUUGACAAGGUAUUGGGCCCAUCACAGGCAAAAGAGUACAUUAUGAAAAGAUCCAUUUUUUCAAUCACAGUUGGGGCCAAUGACUUUUUGAACAAUUAUCUCCUACCAGUACUCUCCAUUGGAACAAGAAUUUCUCAGAGCCCAGAUGCUUUUAUUGAUGAUAUGAUCUCUCACUUCAGAGUCCAACUUACUAGACUUUAUCAAUUGGAUGCUCGAAAAUUUGUGAUUGCAAGUAUUGGGCCUAUUGGCUGCAUACCAUACCAAAAGACCAUAAAUCAACUGAAUCCAGACCAGUGUGUGGAGUUGCCAAAUAAGCUAGCUCUUCAGUACAAUGGCCGGUUGAAGGGCUUGCUUGCUGAACUGAAUGAGAACCUUCCAGGUUCAACAUUUGUUUAUGCAAACGUGUAUGAUCUAGUGAUGGACGUCAUUACGAAUUAUGGAAAAUAUGGAUUUACAACAGCAAGUGUAGCAUGCUGUGGAAAUGGUGGCCAAUACGCAGGUAUAAUUCCAUGUGGCCCACAAUCCAGUCUCUGCAAUGAUCGGUUGAUGCAUCUUUUCUGGGAUCCCUACCAUCCAAGUGAUGCUGCCAACCUUAUACUCGCCAAAAAAUUGCUCGAUGGAGACACAAAAAUAAUUUAUCCAAUGAAUCUCAGACAACUUCGAGACCAUGGAUUGGGGUAACUUAAUGUAAUGGUGGGAUAUGAAUGUACUACUAUAUCGUGCAUGCAUGCCUUUAUUUUGUUAACUGGUGUAACAAAUGCUAGCACUUUUUCAAAUAAUAUUAAGCUAUAUUUUGUUCGGAA